CUUGUUAUAUGAGCUAUUAAGCACCUGAACCAUGAGCUUGCUAUUUAUUACAGGUUUUGUAAAUGCACAGUGACAUUUCAAGGUUUGAAAUGGACGGGUUUUUCUCCCAUAUCAGGCUAAUAUAACAGCCAUAGGUGCUGGCAAUCGAGUGAUAAUCGUGUGAUAAUCAAGGUACGGCCUCUGUGUUGUGUUUAUAUCCGUUUGAGAGCCGUUUGGUUCACAACCUCAUAGAGACGCGGAUAUGUCACGUGAGCGGAAGCCUGUGACAUCAUCAAAACAGUAUCGUCUCCCGGUCGUGUCCGGUUUCUUCGGCAUACUCGGUCUGUUUUCUAGGAUCUGUCAAGCUGCAGACAUGUUUUUAUUUCCGAAAAGGGCUGUUUUGCAUUAAGUGAACCAAUUAAUAUCGCCGGCACUGUCAAGACGACGUGUACUCUCGGCUCUCGCACGUCGGCAGCGAAGGCGCGAUGAUGGUGGAGCAGUCAGACCGAGCUCCGCUGCUCGACUGGGAAGAGGAGGUCGGACGGGCCGAACAGAACACCGCCAUUCCCGCUCCUCAUAGCGGCGGAUUCCUGUCCACGGAGCAGUCUGACCGCUGUCCUAAAGACAAAAACGACGCGAAUAACGGCUGGAGUUCCAGCCCCGGAGGUGUAGGUAGUGUAACAGCUGUUAAAGGCAGGGGCAGAAGCACGUGCCCUGGGCCAGACGGGGAUGCUUAUGCUUCGGGCACGGAUGAGGAAGGAGACUGCGCCUUCCCUGGACUUUCCAUCCGAACCCGCGCGCUCCCAGGGUGGGAAGAAAAAGAUCAAAUUGUUUCCGUGUUUGUGGUGACCUUUGACACGAGAUCAGGAAACAUUGUAGAAUGGUGCUUACCUCAGGACAUAAACCUGGAAGGUGUGGAGUUCAAGUCAAUGGCCAGCGGCUCUCAUCGAAUUGCAAACGAUUUCAUAUACUUUCGCAAAGGCUCUUUCUUUGGGCUAGCAUGCUUUGCCAAUAUGCCGGUAGAGAGUGAACUAGAGAGGGGGGCUCGAAUGAAGUCUGUCGGGAUCCUGUCACCGUCAUACACUCUUCUCUACCGCUACAUGCACUUUCUUGAGAACCAGGUCAAGCAUCAAUUGCAGUGUCCAGGCCAGUAUUCACCACUGGAGGCAUUUUAUGAGGAUAAGAAGGCCGUGCUUCCUUCGGGAGGGAACGGGAUGGUCACAGUCUGCCCCACUAGCACCAUGGUGAACCGCUGCAUGCAUCCCGAAAUGAAGAUUACACAUCCUGCUGGCUGCAUGUCGCAGUUCAUUCGUUUCUUUGGAGAGCAGAUCAUGGUGUUGUGGAAGUUUGCCUUAUUAAGGAAGCGCAUUCUCAUCUUUUCUCCUCCACCUGUUGGUGUGGUGUGUUACCGGGUAUACUGCUGUUGCUGCCUUGCUAAUGUGUCCAUCCCCGGGAUUGGCAGCUCUGUACAAGAAUUCCGCCCCUUCUUCUAUAUCAACGUUGCUGACAUCACAGCUCUGGAGACAGAAUCGUCCUACGUGGCUUGCACCACGGAGAAGAUUUUUGAGGAAAAGAAGGAUCUUUAUGAUGUCUACAUUGACAACCAGAAUGUGAAGACACACAGAGACAGCUUGCAGCCUCUGUUGCGAAUUAACAAUGCGGACAGGGAGAAAUAUCGCAAACUCAGUGAACAGAGGCAGUUGUUGCUGUAUUCCCAGGAGGUUGAUGGAGACUGCACUUCUAGUGAGGAAGACCUCUUUAUUCUGUUCUUUAUGGAGCAGAACAAUCGCAUCUUUCAAACCCUGCUAGAGGUUGCUGCGAGCUCUGAUCCCACCCUGACCCCUGAGCAUGUGCGAGCUAUGGGCUUGGACCCACAGGCCGACCGUGGCUUCUUAGUGGAUCUGCUUGAGGUCUACGGCAUCGAUGUCAUGCUGGUUAUCGACAAUCCAUGCUGCCCGAGCCAGUACUGACCCCAGGCCUCACCGCUGGAGCAAAAUGAUACUGCCUCCCAGGCUUUGAUACACUGCUGCCUUCACGCCCCUGACGUCUGUCUGCUUACGUAUGUGUGUGUGGGUUUUUUGUUUUGUUUCGUUUUCUUCCCCUCAGUAUCUUGACAGCUACCUGUGGGUUUCUUUCCAAACUGCGUCUACACUCUUGUCCUGAAAAGUGACAAAACUGAUCUCUGUGCCUCUUUAUUACUUGCUUGUUUUGUGAACCUCAAUUGUGACUCUUUUCUUCUAGCAAGUGCUGUUAUGGAGACCUGAUGUAAUGGCCCUGUCUGAGUCUCCAGUGUGCUUCAUCUGAGCCCCACAGACAUAAAGUAGUAAAGCAAUGGAAACUUUUUCAUCCUUGUGUCGAACUGCUUUUCUGUCUGAUGAUGGAAGGUACCCAAAAGCCAGUGACCCUCUACAUUGCUAUAUAAAUAGUUUUUUUGCAGAUGAAAGACAAAAUAAACCUGACUGGGCCAAUUUUUUGGUUUUUAUUAUACGUAAUAAUUGCAAUAUUUAUUUACUUAAAAAUCAUUUAAACAUAAAGAUAUUUGACUAUCUUGGUCCUUCUUAACCCCCCAAUCAGUGGCCUUUUGCAUUCACACAGUGUUGAUGCCUGUACCUAAUGACUGGAUCAGUGUUGAUGUUUAAAGGAACAAUUAAGAUAUUUUGAAGAGUGCUAAUAAAUACUUCAAGAAAUUUUAAGGUCUUCUGAAUGAUGGUGGUCUGGAAAGUGAUUCAUGAUGAAUAAGACAAGUUUCUCAACUGCUGUAUGCACAUCUCAUGGACCAGAUUGGAUUUGCUGUUCAUUCUGAAUCACUGUAUUUUCUAGAACAGGGCUGGGCAACCCAAUGCUUGGUUUUAUGUGCAAGAUCAAUACAGAUUUGUGACAUCAGAUUUUUUUUUUUUCUGUCUGAUAUUUUGACACAUCAGGUGUCCUUGCUGAAAUAAAAUACCGGUCACUUAUUUGAACUGCUCUUAAGAAGCACAUCGUUAGUGUAAAUGCUAAGGACACAGGCAUAGAAAGGGGUAUGUAUGUAUUUGUUCUUAAUUUAAAACAUUCCUUACUCCUGGUAUUUGAUUGCAAGUUGUAUAUUUUUGCUGUACCAUAAGAAGCACUGAUGAUAUACACUGAUGUUUAAUCUGUUUAUUGUGAAGCUUUUGAAUGUCUCCCCACACACACACUGAAAAAUAUGAAUGUGAUUCUAUCAGUGAAUGGUGUAGUGUUCAUCGACUUUUGUAGACUUUUGUUUUAUGUGUAAGCUUGAACUUUAAAUGUGUUUAAAUGUAUUUGUAGUGAGCAAUGAUUUGACUUUUACUUUUUAACAGAACUAGAUCACAUGACCAUACAGGCAAUGCCAGCUGCUGCUCUAUAAAUGACUUUAUUCAUGAAGCACUCGCUAAUAGAUUACAUGUAGAUUACACUACUUUAAUUGUAAUUCAUUGUUCAUAAAUGUUGGCCCUUGAAUAUGACCAUAUAUCGGGUAUAUCCGCAAGGAUGAGAAGUCCUUAACUCGGCAAAAAGAAAAAAAAAAAACCCCUAAUCUUACAUCCAGAAUUCCAGACUUAUGUUCAAUCAGCAUACCAAACUCUUAUUUGAAAGGUUUGACUGCAAAUAUAAAUCAUGUCUCCUUUCUGUAAAUGAGUGCAGGCACUCGUUGAUUGACUGGGAUACAAAUAUGCUUUUACUAUUACUGGCAGAUUUUAUGGAGUUUAAAUUAACAAUAUAAUGUUAUACAAAUGUCCAUAGAAAUUAUAUGGCAGAGUUGCCAAUGUGAAUUUUUUGAUAUCUCAUGUACUACCUAUUCUUUUCCUCUUUAAGAUUUUAUAAACCGCAUUAACAUGGCUAUUUGUGUUCUUUGAUCUUGAUGAGAAAAUGUACAGUACAUUACAUGAAAAUCAACUGUAUGAAUGCUUAAAAAAAGUGUUGACUAAGCUUUAAAAGGUGAUUAACACACACGGUGGAGAAAUGUUCAGCCCACUUAGCUGAUGUCUAUUUCCAUCAUGCUACAUACUGUAACGGCAUGUGUUUCUUGGUUCAAAACCACUGGUUCUUUUUACUGCCAUCUUGAAAUAAACUCUCUUUACUGAU